CAGUGGCACGAGCAGGGAGAGAGCGGACAGGGAGCCCGCUGCUGCCACCUCAACAUGGAGUAGCGAGAUCCCAGCAUUUACUGCUAAGGAGCGGAUCCCACAGCGCGGAAUACAGGACGGCCUUUAUUUGAUAUAUCCGCUGAAGUCCCCGCAAAUGAUACAACAUCUAUUACUUUUAUAAAAGCGAAGGAAAGCUCGGCUUUUAUUUGAAAGAUGGCGAACGACUCUCCGGCUAAAAGUCUAGUAGACAUAGACUUGGCUUCAUUGCGGGAUCCAGCUGGGAUAUUUGAAUUGGUGGAGGUAGUCGGAAAUGGCACCUAUGGACAAGUAUACAAGGGACGACACGUCAAGACUGGACAGCUGGCUGCCAUCAAAGUCAUGGACGUCACAGAGGAUGAAGAGGAGGAAAUUAAACUGGAGAUCAAUAUGCUGAAGAAGUAUUCCCACCACCGAAACAUAGCUACCUACUAUGGUGCUUUCAUUAAGAAGAGCCCCCCGGGACACGAUGACCAGCUAUGGCUGGUGAUGGAGUUCUGUGGAGCUGGUUCCAUCACAGACCUGGUGAAGAACACCAAGGGGAACCAGCUGAAGGAAGACUGGAUCGGCUACAUCUCCAGAGAGAUCCUUAGGGGUCUGGCCCACCUACACGCCCACCACGUCAUCCACCGUGACAUCAAGGGCCAGAACGUCUUGUUGACUGAGAAUGCCGAAGUCAAACUAGUUGACUUUGGCGUGAGUGCUCAGCUGGAUCGGACAGUGGGGAGGAGAAACACCUUCAUCGGGACACCUUAUUGGAUGGCCCCUGAAGUCAUUGCUUGUGACGAGAACCCAGACGCUACAUACGAUUACAGAAGUGAUCUGUGGUCUUGUGGUAUCACAGCUAUUGAAAUGGCAGAAGGCGCCCCACCGCUUUGUGACAUGCACCCAAUGCGUGCGCUCUUCCUCAUUCCAAGAAACCCUCCUCCCAGGCUCAAGUCUAAAAAAUGGUCCAAAAAGUUUUUCAGUUUCAUCGAGGGCUGUCUGGUAAAGAACUACACGCAGCGCCCUCCGACAGAGCAGCUGCUGAAGCACCCCUUCAUCCGGGACCAGCCCAACGAGAGGCAAGUCCGCAUUCAGCUCAAAGACCACAUCGACCGUACCAAGAAGAAGAGGGGAGAGAAAGAUGAGACGGAGUACGAGUACAGUGGCAGCGAGGAGGAGGAAGAGGAUCCCCCAGAGCAGGAGGGAGAGCCCAGCUCCAUCGUCAAUGUGCCAGGUGAGUCCACGCUGCGCCGCGACUUCAUCCGCUUGCAGCAGGAGAACAAGGAGCGGUCCGAGGCGCUCCGCCGGCAGCAGCACCUCCAGGAGCAGCAGCUCCGGGAGCAGGAGGAGUACAAGCGCCAACUACUGGCCGAGAGGCAGAAACGCAUCGAGCAACAGAAGGAGCAGAGGAGGCGGCUGGAGGAGCAACAGCGACGUGAGCGUGAGAUGAGGAGGCAACAGGAGCGCGAGCAGCGUCGCCGCGAGCAAGAGGAUAAAAGGCGCAUCGAAGAGAUGGAUCGUAGACGUAAAGAAGAGGAGGAACGCCGACGGGCCGAGGACGAGAAGAGAAGGAAUGACCGUGAACAGGAGUACAUCAGACGUCAGCUGGAGGAGGAGCAGAGACACCUGGAGAUGCUGCAGGAGCAGCUGCUCCGUGAGCAGGCCAUGCUGCUGGCCGACGAGCGGUACCGUAAGAACAUUCAGGGCUCCCCUCAGAUUGCUCCUCCUUCCAAGCAGCCCCCUCUGCCUCCCCGCUCCUCUGAACCGUUCUCCAAUGGCGGCUCCUCCUCCGAGGCUGUCGCCAUGCACCGGCCCAUGGAGCCUCAGGUCCAGUGGUCCCACCUGGCUGCUCUAAAAAGCAGCAACAGCGCCGCCCCCUCUCCUCCUCCUCCUCCUCCUCCUCCUCCGCCGCCCGUGGUCUCUCGCUCCCAGUCCUUCAGCGAGCCCGGCGGCGUGGCCUCUAGCUUUGCACAACUCCACCUGCGUUCCCAGGACCCCCACCAUCACCACCACCACCCAUCGCCCGCACGCACUGACCCCCAGCCCCAACAUCCCCUCCACCACCCUCAAGCCCAUACUAGGGCCGAACCCCAGGUCAGCAGCGAGGAAGUACCUCCCAAGGUACCAGUAAGGACAACAUCCAGGUCUCCUGUGCUGUCGCGCCGAGAGUCCCCUCUGCCACAACAGCCCGGCAUCCAGGGCGGACAGAGGAACGCUGGCGGUAUCGUGGAGCAGCGGCCGCUGUGGGACCGAGUGGAGAAGCUGCAGCCUCGGCCGGGCAGCGGCAGCUCCUCCGGCUCCUCCAACUCCAGCUCCCAGGCCAGUCCUGGUGACCGCUUCAGGCCACGCUGUGAGUCCCCUGCUUCUUCCAAAUCUGAAGGAUCGCCUCUCCAGCGGCCUGAAAAUGUUCCCAAAAAACCAGAUGAAAAGAACCUCGCCAGGCCUACUCGACCAGCUGGUGAUGCGGAUCUGACCGCUCUGGCCAAGGAGCUCCGUGCGGUAGACGACGUGAGGCCUCCCCACAAGGUCACCGACUAUUCCUCCUCAAGCGAGGACUCGGGCACCACCGACGAGGAAGACGACGAGGAGGUGGACCAGGAGGCGGGAGAGGAGUCCACCUCAGGACCUGAGGACUCCAGGGCCGGUUUCUCCCACGGCUUCCGCAGGAGGAUGAGUAACGGGGAGACGGAUUCAGCUAAGACCAUGCUGGUUGAAGACUCGGAGAGCGACAAAUCCAUGACGCCCUCCAAGGACGGCACGCUGGUCAUCAGACAGAGCACCGCUGACAUAAAGCGGUUGGUCAGUCUCUCCUCCUCCUCUCCCUCGGCUGGCCCUGGUCACAUCCAGCCCCAGCCCCCCAGCCAGGGCCUCGCAGAGAAAAACGGCUUUGCCGGCCGCAUACACCACCUACCAGACCUUAUCCAGCAGAGCCAUCACUCCCCUUCCUCUACCACAACCAUCCCUUCCUCCUCCUCCUCCUCCCCCUCGUCAUCUAGCUAUGCCAGUCCCACCAUGUCCCCACAGAACCCCCUGGACAAGCUCACUGCCAUAGAGUCCCAGUCAGAGAGCAACUCCAUGUCCAAACACAAGUCUUCCUCCUCCUUCACUCCUUUCAUCGACCCUCGUCUUCUCCAGAUCUCACCAUCCAGCGGCAGCUCCCUCAACAACAUGGCAGCUUUUGGGCCGGACGGACGGCUCGCAGACCCGCUGAAGUCCGACCCGUCCCGUAAAGGCUCAGUGGUCAACGUCAACCCGGUCAACACGCGCCCGCCGAGCGACACGCCGGAGAUUCGCAAGUACAAGAAGAGGUUCAACUCUGAGAUCCUGUGUGCUGCACUCUGGGGAGUGAACCUGCUGGUGGGAACAGAGAGCGGUCUGAUGCUGCUGGACCGAAGCGGUCAGGGGAAGGUCUACCCUCUGAUCAACAGGCGGCGCAUACAGCAGAUGGACGUCCUGGAGGGACUCAAUGUCCUGGUCACCAUAUCAGGUAAAAAGAACAAGCUGCGAGUGUAUUACCUGUCGUGGCUGAGGAACAAGAUUUUGCACAACGACCCUGAGGUGGAGAAGAAGCAGGGUUGGGUUAAUGUGGGCGACCUGGAGGGUUGCGUCCACUACAAAGUCGUGAAGUAUGAGAGGAUUAAGUUCUUAGUGCUGGCCUUGAAGAACGCUGUGGAGGUGUACGCCUGGGCACCCAAACCCUACCACAAGUUCAUGGCCUUUAAGUCUUUUGGGGAUCUGGUGCACAAGCCUCUGCUGGUUGACCUGACAGUGGAGGAAGGUCAGAGGUUAAAGGUCAUCUAUGGCUCCUGUUCUGGCUUCCAUGCUGUGGAUGUGGACUCCGGUGCCGUCUACGACAUCUACCUGCCCACACAUAUCCAGACCAGCAUUCAGUGCCACGCCAUCAUCAUCUUGCCCAACACUGACGGGAUCGAGCUGCUGGUGUGUUACGAGGACGAGGGCGUCUACGUCAACACCUACGGGCGCAUCACCAAGGACGUGGUGCUGCAGUGGGGAGAAAUGCCAACUUCAGUGGCCUACAUUAGGUCAAACCAGAUCAUGGGCUGGGGUGAGAAGGCCAUCGAGAUCCGCUCAGUGGAGACGGGCCACCUGGACGGCGUCUUCAUGCACAAGAGAGCCCAGAGACUCAAGUUUCUUUGCGAGAGGAAUGACAAGGUCUUCUUCGCCUCUGUGCGCACUGGAGGUGCCAGCCAGGUGUAUUUCAUGACCCUGGGACGCUCCUCCCUCAUGAGCUGGUAGUCGACGCCGCACCAGCCAACACGACGACCACAUCCAGGCAGUGACCAACAGAUGACGAUUGUGACCAUGACCAACGACGAUGAAGAAGAGAACCGCCUCGAACAGCUUCCUCUCACCUGCUCGGGCAAACAAAACAACGGAUUGGACUGUAAUCAUGACAAGAAGCUAGGGACGGGUGUGUGUUUGGGGGCGAGGAGACGCGUUCUGUUCGUGUCCACUGAGUGUACUAGUAAACUAUACUGAGACAGCAGAACCCCCACGAGCCUCCAGGUUUAUCUCACCCAACCUUUGAGCUGUUCCCCUCCUCCUCCUCGUCCUCUGCAGGACGUGGGAUCUGUUGCCUGUUGAUGGUAAAUCUUUAUGUCAUAGUAAAACUUUGCAUCGUGUAUGUGUGUGAAUGGAGGAAACACUGAGCAUGUGAUUGACUGAAGGGACGAUAAACGCGGCCGUUACUAUAUCGAAGAAGGCAAAUUCUUUACGCGCCACACCUCGACAAAGUAGCCGUUAGUAGCUGUGUUUAGUCCAGGUCCUGUUCAGGUGAAAUUAUUCCCACCACGGUAGAUUUCCACGUCAAGCAUGUCAUUUCACACUAGUUCACAGCCACAUAUAUAACGCUCGACAUGUAAAUCUGCCUCUGUAUCUUCACUUUUUUUGCCUUCUCUUCCUUAAAGCGAAGAAUUUUUUAAGGGACCUUCUUGAUAUAUCCAUUAAAUACAGGGUACUGGAUAUCAGCUUGUACAUACUAACUACAUCAACCUUGUAGGCUUCAGACUCUCCCAGGUUUUACAGACACUAUCUCGACUUUUACCACAUUGCCUCACGUACUGUAGGUUAUUUCGGACGGAACAGGAGUAGCCCUGUUUAUGACGGCAUGUUGCUUUGGUGUUAUCGACUAAAUUAGCUCCAGUUUUUCAUACACUGUAUAUUUUGUAUGUGACUCGCUGCACAUAAAUAAAUCAUAAGAAUGCAGGACACACACAUAGGUGAGUUUUAAAGGAACAAUCCACCUUAUUUAUCACCAUCUGCUUUGUUUAUUGCAGUUGCUCAUAUUCACAUCAACUGGAAGUAUAAAAAAAACACACGUACCAAAAUCCAAAAUCCAGAAAUGUGACAUGCAUUACCAAAAGCUGUUUUGUUUUCCCCCCAGGUGGAUUUUUCCUUUAACAUCAGUAAUAAGUAGGGCUAGGAUAAACUGUGAAUUAGACAUGCAGAAUUAGCAGGUGGCCAUUAAGGUAGCAUGGAGGCCAGCGGGCAGAAGUGACGGUAAGGGAAUGGAGGCAGUGUGCAGACAUCAAGAGGGCUGAGAAGAAGCUUUGAACAUCGCACGCCACGGAAAGGGGGAGGAAAUCAGGAUCCGCUGAUUGUCUUCCAUCUGCACGACGUUUGAAUUUCACAUUGCAAUCAUCCAACUGUAUUUUGAAGGAGACUUUAGCUUUAAUGUUUGGCUAAAUGUUUAGGAUGUCCAGAUGAUUAAAGCAGCUCAAAAUCCUCUGCAGUUUUUUGACAAGUUAAAAGUGAAGAAGUUUGGAUUUUGUGUCCUGUAGGAACACUUUCAUGUGAUUCAACAUUGGACCUCUUUUUUUUUUUUUUUUUGCCAUUGUGGGCUUCUGACCGGAAAUUAGUUCCCUCAGUCCAGUCUGGAUUGAGGAGAGAAAUACUUUAACUGGAUCAUUACUCCAUCCCAGAAUCGAAUUUUCCUUCAUUUUACUUUCUCAUCCUCUCAAAACCCGGAUGACAAGGCAAGACCGGUUUGUCACUUCCCGUUAGACAGUCUCAUCCCACUGUUAAAACGUAGAAUCCAUCCUGCAACUGUGUGUAUGUAUGAAUGCGAAAACUAUAUAACGAGACUCAUGGACCCCCCCUCCCACCUAAACUCUACUCUUUGACCCUGCUCUCAGUAAAGGUGGUGCCUUCACUGUCCAAGGUGGGACGUGCUGAGAGCUGCAGAACAUGGGAAUGAGAUGCUUUCACUGUCCCGAUCCUCUGUGAAAAAGCAAAGAAAGUCACGUUCUAAUAGCAGUGUUACAAAACCACUUCAGACGGCGUGAACUAAGCGGCAUAUUUUUAACUCUGACUUAGUUUUUAGUCUUGUUUCUGCAAUUUUUAUUAUGUAACCCUUCAGAUAAGUAUGCGACUGCAGUGGUUUUUAAAUUGUAAUGCACACCUUAUGUUGAAAAUGUUUACAGAAGCAAUUGUUUUGUUAAACCAAUGUGCAUCGAUAUGAAUAUUUAUGGUUUAUUUUGAGGGCAGUUUUUCCCUGUUUUGUAUUUUGUAUUAUUCCCUUUUUGUACUAUCAUUUAGACGUUUGUGUACAGGAAUGAUCAGCUUUUGCUCACUUUAAGAAUUACAUAAGUCGAGAGUGUGAUUUCACUGAUUCCUCUACAUCCUGCAUUGUGCACAGUGUGCCCUGGCUGUGUGGCAGCGUGGAUCAAAAGUUUUCUACCACCCAGGUGCCAGGUGACAUGCCCCCCCCCCCCUCAAACGUCUCUGCCAUGCCUCUCUAAUUUAUGUCCUCUCUGUGUGUACUAUGGGAAUUACUGUAUUUUCCUGAAGGUCUUUUUUUCCAUUGAAUAAAAUCAGAAGUAAUUUACA